UUUUAGGUCAUCCUGUCAUUCCUGCAAAUACUAAUCAAUCAUGGGAUUUGAAGUUAAUACUAUUAAAUAAAUGAAUUGCUUAAUCUCUUAUGAUCAUCUAUACAUGCUUCAUCUUCACAAAGCUUAUCAGUGUUAUGUCAUCAAGGAGAGAGUGACCCUCAUAUCUACAACAUGUCUAUUAUCAUUGGACAAGGUGGUUGCAAGGUUUCCACUUAUUUUCAGGAAGAAAGUUUUUUGCUUUUUUGGCAGUCAUCACUUGACAAAUGCAAGUGUUUGCUUUAUCUAAUGGCCAGCCCUUAAUGAACUCAAAACCAGUAUCUGGAAUUUUUAAGGGCCCAUUACUUUUGUGAAGACUUGAGCUAAGAUGAAGGACAUGCCACUCAAAAUUAAUUUUCUACUUGGCCUAGUAACCACUGCACUAGUACAAGCGGUAGAAAAAAAAUUGAACUGCCCAGAAUCAUGCACAUGCGAGGUCAGACCUUGGUUCACACCAAGAUCUGUCUACCUGGAGGCUCCAACAGUAGACUGUAAUGAUUUAGGCCUUUUACAUUUCCCAACCAGACUGCCUGCUGACACCCAGGUUCUACUUCUACAGACUAACAAUAUUGCAAAAAUUGAAUACUCAGUAGACUUCCCAGUGAACCUUACUGGUCUGGAUUUAUCUCAAAACAAUUUAUCUUCAGUGACCAAUAUUAAUUUGAGAAAGCUUCCACGGCUUCUUUCAGUGUACCUGGAGGAAAACAAACUUACAGAACUGCCUGAAGAAUGUCUCUCUGGACUCAGAAAUUUACAAGAACUCUACAUUAAUCACAACUUACUUUCUACAAUUGCACCAGGAGCUUUCAUUGGCCUUGAUAAUCUUCUCAGACUUCAUCUCAAUUCAAAUAGCCUGCAGAUGAUCAACAGUAAGUGGUUUGAAGCUAUUCCUAAUCUUGAGAUUCUCAUGAUUGGAGAAAAUCCAAUCAUCAGAAUCGAAGAUAUGAACUUUAAGCCUCUUAUCAAUCUGCGCAGCCUGGUUUUAGCAGGCAUAAAUCUCACUGAAAUACCUGAUAAUGCUUUGGUUGGCCUUGACAACUUAGAAAGCAUUUCAUUUUAUGACAACAGAUUUGUUAAAGUGCCCCAUGUUGCUCUUCAAAAGGUUACAAAUCUUAAAUUUUUGGAUUUAAAUAAGAAUCCUAUUAACAGAAUACGAAGAGGAGAUUUUAGUAAUAUGCUGCACCUAAAAGAGCUGGGAAUUAAUAAUAUGCCUGAACUGAUUUCUAUAGAUAGUCUUGCUGUUGACAAUUUGCCAGAUUUGAGAAAAAUAGAAGCUACCAAUAACCCCAGACUAUCUUAUAUUCAUCCAAAUGCAUUCUACAAGCUGCCCAAACUGGAAUCACUCAUGCUCAAUAGCAAUGCACUUAGUGCCCUGUACCGUAGUACAAUAGAGUCUUUGCCUAACCUCAAGGAAAUCAGCAUACACAGUAAUCCAAUUAGAUGCGAUUGUGUAAUCCGCUGGAUUAACAUGAAUAAAACCAAUAUUCGAUUCAUGGAGCCAGAGUCAUUAUUUUGUGUGGAUCCUCCAGAAUUUCAAGGCCAGAAUGUGAGGCAGAUACAUUUCAGGGAAAUGAUGGAAAUCUGCCUCCCACUAAUAGCCCCUGAAAGUUUCCCAUCUACUCUGGAUUUAAAAGCUGGCAGCCAUGUUUCUUUACACUGCAGAGCAACAGCAGAACCAGAACCUGAAAUCUACUGGAUAACACCAUCAGGUCAGAAACUUUUGCCUAAUACUGCUUGUGAUAAAUACUACAUUCAUUCUGAAGGAACAUUAGACAUAAGUGAUGUAACACAAAAAGAAAGUGGCCUUUAUACAUGCAUAGCAACUAACUUAGUUGGUGCAGAUUUAAAAUCAGUUAUGAUUAAGGUUGAUGGCUCUUUCCCCCAGGACAGUAGUGGAUCUUUGAGUAUAAAGAUAAAAGAUGUAAAAUCUAAUUCUGUUCUCGUUUCAUGGAAAGCAAAAGCUAAAAUUCUGAAAUCCAGCAUCAGAUGGACUGCUUUUCUGAAGACUGAAAACUCUCAGGCUGCACAAAGCGCUCGAAUUCCAUCUGAUAUAAAGGUAUAUAAUAUAACACAUCUAAAUCCAUCCACUGAAUACAGAAUUUGUAUAGACAUUCCGACUAUCUACCAACAGAAUAAGAAAGAAUGUAUCAAUGUCACCACAAAAGGAUUGGAUCUUGAAGUGAAAGAUUAUGAAAAGAGCAACAUAACAGGAUUCCUGCUCUGCCUUGGUUCUCUUUUGGGAGUCAUCUGCAUGGUGUAUCUCUACAGUUGCAUCUCACAGGAAAUGAACUACGAUGUAGGACGCAGUUAUUUAAGGAAUUACCUGAAGAAACAACCCUUUUCAUUCAACGAGCUUUAUCCUCCUCUAAUCGGUCUUUGGGACACAGGGAAAGAAAAAAGCACAGCACUUGAAGUCAAAGCAACUGUAAUAGGUAUUCCACGUAAUAUGUCAUCAAAUACCAAUACUACAAAAUUAAAUUUCUGAAAGAAAAAGCACAAGCCUUUGUGCUAAAUAUUAAGGCAAAAAAGUAUUACUCUUCAGAAUUCAGAAGGCUAGACUCUGCUGCUGCUGACAUAGAGGAAUAUGUACUGAUUCAGCAUAAAAGAACAUUUUUCACACACUGGCUUCUACGAGUAUUGUGCCAACCAAAUACAAUUACUCAAUUUUCUAGAACUUUUGUGUGACUUUUGAGUCUGGAAAACAGUGCAAGUAGCUAAGAACAUUUUCUGUAUUUUUUUUAAUUAUGUAAGAGUAGUGGAACUGAGCAAUACCUCCUCCUGUGUUGUAUUACACACACUAGCCACGAGUUUCUGCAGUGACCAGAUAAAUUAGAAUUGACACAUGGUGUAAUGAAAUGGACAAAUUCUGUAGAAUAGACACAGUGAGUAUGUGAAACUUUUUUAUGAAGAAAAAUACAUUUUUGAUUACAAUCAAAAUAGUUUUUGGCUUGUUUGUUUCUAUAAAAAAGGGAAUUCUUCUUGAAGCUCCUGUCAUUUUAAUAUCUGAUCAAAUAGCUAAAUAUAUUCUGUUGAAAUGCAGGUCUGACUGCAUAGGAAAGUUUUGCUGUUUUUUAGGCUGUAAAAUUGCAAUAACCACACAAUAAAUACUUUUAUAAAGUA